UAGCUACCGCUGAAGUUUGAACCUGACGCUGCUCCGUAGUACUCCUCGUCUCUACCACAACGGAAGGACGAGAGGAAGGAUGCCUCCCAAAACCAUGGAACCGUUUGCACGAAAAAUCUUUAAAGGCGUUUUAUUAUUAGAAGUUGCUGGUGUGGUCGGAGCUUAUUGUCUGUUUCAAAGGAUGAACACCAGUCAAGAUUUUAGAAAUACAAUGAAUCGGAGGUUCCCAUCAAUUUUGGAAGUUUAUUACAAGUCGAAUGAGUGGGCAGGGAUCUACGGGAUCCGAGAAAAGGACCACGAAGCAUGGGCCAGUAAAAACGAAGCAUAGAGGUGCGUACAAAACACUUUGAAAACCGCUCGCACUGUCCAUCUGAAAUGCACGUUUUAUUUUCUUGCUUUCUUGUUGCUUGCUUUCAGCUUUCCCAGAGGUUUCUUUCUCUUGAACAUCGUCUUCUUCUUCCGUAGAGUUUUGGCAUCCCUGCCACGCAGCCAGUCAUCUCGCUGAGUCUCCCACUUGAGCUGCUUGAUAUCUGGAAGAGAAGAGAAACAAAAUCAAAUCAAGCAGCCAUAUCAUUGAAAUCUGCAAAGGACAUUACCUUACUAAGUCAUGCAAGACCACCGAUAUCUGAGGAUAAGUGUGAUAACUCCAGGGCGCAUUAAGUGUAUGAGGAGCGAACAGCAGUGGAGACGGGAAGUUUGAAAAGUUUUUACUCUCCUUUGUAAAGUACUACCUGUGCUCAAAAUGGAAUUCAAUUAAAAGAUCAUGAUUUCUA